CGGGUGGUUUCGGUCCAGUGUUCGGGUCUAUUCAAUGGAGUCCUUGUAUUGUCCAAUGGAAUGCGGCUCUUCCCUAUAAAAUCUGAGCUACCACGGUCUGGGCUUCAUAUCGUUUCCCACACUCUACGCCUUAACGUCGGCUACUCUCAGAAUCCAUUUUGUUUGACUACUGUACACUCAAUAACGUGUAUAGCAUGGAUACUAUUUUCGCCUGCUCUGCACGAAGACGGUCAUCAGUUUAUCCUACAAGUGCCGACACAUCAAGUUGUGCAAUGUGUUUAGAAUGCAACUCUUGCCACCUGGAAAUACCAGAGCAACAGAUGUCUACACGCGUGAAACGUGUUCAUGUCACCACUGACUCUCUGCAACGCCAAAGCGGACUCAUGGAUUUUUUACAUCUGAGCAGAACCUCCUCACUGAGAGACGGCUGCAGUUUGUUUAUUUCACCUAUGCUGAUCAGCCUUCUUAUCUUAUCCAUCGUACCAGCGUCCACUUUGGCUUUUAACGCUGACAGAACCACACAGAGUAACCAGGAGUCGUCCACCGCUCAUACCGGUAGGAUAAGCUGCCCACGCCACUUUGGACACAGGGUGCAGUCUUGUGUUGCCCCAUUCACUUCAUUGCUUGACCUAUACAAUGCUAACGUUGAUCACAUGAGCCAAGCGGUCACUAUUGCAAAGCACAUCUGCAUUGAAUAUCAAAUGGUUCUUUUGUGUCUCCAUUCCGCCUUGUCCGAUUGCCCUACCUUGAAGAAUCUGAAACGAGUCCAAGAUACCCUAGAUUCACAGUGGGUCACCCGGAUUAACGGCCUGUGUUCCAUCCAGUCAAAAAGCUCCUCCGAGACCAAGGCUGUCGAUAACAAGGACCUUAGAAACUAUAUCUCCAACAAGAAUGCAGAGAACCACAUGGACUCGCACCAGAUUGCACGCGAGAUCCUAAAAGCUUCCAUGAAAACCAGGGCUGAGCUCGAGCAGGAGAUUAUUUCCGGUCACACAGAGGAAUCCCAUGCUUCCUCUGUGCCAGACAGGAAACAGCUCUUCCCAGAAGCCACCCAGAAAGAUCUGGAUUUUCUAAGCCAGAUAAACCACCAAGUACCAGCAGCAGCAGGUAGCAAUGCUAAGCUGGAGCUGAACAUUGUUAACUUCAUACAGAACUACAACUACGCCGCUGCCCCCCAACGCAGUGAAAACGCCAGACACAGCAGCAUUAGGCUCAUCCACGUCGACUACAACAGCAGCUCCUUGACUUCAAGAAAUGUCUAUCUCAUCGUUCUCUGUUGCACCAUUCUCCUUGUGUGGCUGUCGCAAUAGACAAUAAACUACGGCAUUAACAGCGUGCAAUCUCCUUGUAGAACAAAAAAAAACUCAUUUUGUUUGUGUGAUAUUUUGUACAUAGAUCUUCAAAACUAUA